GAUCAAGCCAUAUCUCGUUGGGGCUGGGGCAAACGCUCAUCCCCAUCCAAAAAGUAGAAUAGAAUAAAACGGACUGAAUUAAAUCUUGUUUCUCUCCAGAACGAUAUAACUCCAGCAUCCAAACAACCGAUUAGAAGCUGAAAAAAGAGGCAGGCCUGCACUGACUAACAUUACAAUUUACAUGUUGCGACUCUCCGACUCUCAGUAGCCUCUCUGCUUCAGUCUCCCACUAUUUAUAUCAAACGACGGCGAAUCAACCGAUCACGCGCAACAAGAAGGAUUUAGGAGAUUGAGGUGACUUAUAAUGGAAGCCAAAUUUUUUCGCUUUCUAAAGAUUGUAGGUGUCGGGUACAAAGCCAGAGCUGAAUCAGAGGGUCGUCUCUUGUUUCUCAAAUUGGGGUACAGUCACGAGGUUGAAAUUACUGUUCCUCCAGCCGUCCGUGUUUUCUGCUUCAAAAAUAAUGUAAUUUGCUGCACUGGAAUUGACAAGCAAAGGGUGCACCAGUUUGCUGCUUCUGUUCGUAGUUGCAAGCCUCCUGAAGUUUACAAAGGCAAGGGUAUAAAGUACACUGAUGAAGUUAUCAAGAAGAAACAAGGAAAGAAGUCAAAAUGAUUGUGGAGAUGCCUGGUUCUGAUUCGAUAAAUGUUUUUGCAUCUUUAUGCAGCUUCGUCAGCAAUGCCAUAGUCUGUAAAACUAAAUUGAUUCUCUUCUUAAAUUAGAGCAUUUUGGAACUUCUACGGAUUUUGAUAACGUCAAGAGCUUUGCAAUAUGUGAAAGCAUCAAUAAAUCAGCCAGGAGCUUUGCAUCUUCCCAAGGUUUUAUUGUUAGUGUUAAUUUGGUGUAACUUCUCAGCCGAAAAUUUCUUUGCACGAAUUUGAAGCAGGUUUAAUGUUUUUAUUUAUCAA